AUGGCUGUCAACUUUCAAGAUUUGAUACUCGAUAUUUCUGAUAGCUACAUAUAUAUUGAGGGGAAAUUCACACCAGAUGAUGCAACGAAAUCCUGCUAUCUAUCUAACAAUACCUUAGCCUUCCUCUUCGAUGAAAUUCGUUAUGAAAUGGGAGGCGAACAAGAUUGUAUGAUUCGAAAACCAGGCAUUACUACCACAAUGAAGAGCAUGAUCUCUUAUGGCGAUUCUAACGCUGAAUUUCUUGAAACAGUCGGAUGGGGAAUUGACAGCGAGAAUCAGCCAAUUCUAGACAAAUCUAGCCACAUAUUCAGUGGAAAACUACCACUAAAAUAUUUAAUGGGGUUCGCUGAGGAUUAUAAUGAAGGUAUAUUGAAUGUGAAACAGGAGCUGAUACUCAUCAUAGCUCGAUCAUUCAAAAACUGCUAUAUAGGAGAAGUUGAUGCCAGUGUGGAGAUUAACAAAAUCGAAUGGAAGAUAGGACAUAUUAUGCCAUCGGAUAAGCAGAGGUUGAAAUUACUGAACCGUCUCAAUAAAAGUUCUACAGCAAAAGUGAAAAUUGCAUACAGGAUGUGGGAUCUGUAUGAAUUACCGUCAAUUCGUGAAACAUCUUCAGACAUUUGGGCUGUUGAAACCACCAAUAGUCUCGAGCGACCAAGGUACAUCAUCAUAGGCUUCCAAAAUCCUGGUAACACAGAUAAUAGAUCCAAGGAUACCACCCAAUUCAAUCAUGGGGGAGUCAACAAUAUUCGACUGUAUUUGCAUUCGGAAGUUUACCCUUAUGAACGGUGGAAUUUGGAUUUUGGAAAGAAAUUAGAUGCUGUAGCCUAUUAUGCAUACGAUAAUUUCCAACGAAGCUAUCAUGGUAAAGACAUGAGCGAACCAAUGAUGAGUAGUGAGGAGUUUAGAAAAAAUCCGUUAUUCAUCAUAGACUGCAGUCAUCAACCGGACACAUUGAAAUCUUCAACUGUCGAUAUCAAGUUGGAGUUUGAGACACGCCAAUCGAAAUUUCCAUCUAAUACUAAGAACUACAACUGCAAGUAUGCAGCUGAAAUUCAGUCUGCACAUUUUGGUGGUUCGAAGCCUCAAGUUUCCAUGCAUACGGUAGUUCUAUAUUAUAGGUCUCCUACUUCAGAAAACUGUAAGCCGAUUUCUCUAUGUACAUUUUGCGAGAAUUUGCGUCAUGAUCCAGCUGCCAUUUGUGCCCAUUUGGUGCCAAUACUAAAAGAAGCGCUCGAGUUGGUACCAGAUUUGAUGAACCAGGACAUGGAAAAGGGGCUCCAGAUGGAGUUGGUGGAUGCCUCAAAAGAACGGCUGAUCGUUUGUUGGAGAGACCGAUAUGCAAAAACUGUUUUGGGCGAGCAGUUUUAUCAUACGACAUUUACGGCCACUGAUGAUUCCAAAAUAGCUGUAUUUGUAUCCCCAACAGUUUGCAACGUCAUAAGACGGUAUGAGGCAGGCAGCAUCUGCCUUCAAAUGGAUGCAACUUUCAAAGUUGUACCUAGAGCUGGUGGGGCACUCCAGUUAUUCAUAAUCCACAUAUCUGUACAUGAAACGGUAAGUAUUGCAGUAGUAGUAAUAGCAGUAGUUCAGGGCAGAUCCAGGCAAUAUUUAACGGGAGAGGCAUUUAAAGUCAUGGCUACUUAG